UAAUUAGCAAGGGGCCUUCGCCAGUAUAUAAGGCUCGCGGGAACAGGUCACUACGCGGCUUCAGUCUUCACUUCUUGAGCUUCUUAGACUUCACACCGUCCCAGCAUGGCACCCAAGAAGGCUAAGAGGAGGGCAGGAGGAGGAGGAGAGGGUUCCUCCAACGUCUUCUCCAUGUUUGAGCAGAGCCAGAUUCAGGAGUACAAGGAGGCUUUCACAAUCAUUGACCAGAACAGGGACGGUAUCAUCAGCAAAGACGACCUUAGGGACGUGUUGGCCUCAUUGGGUCAGCUGAACGUGAAGAAUGAGGAGUUGGAGGCUAUGAUCAAGGAAGCCAGCGGCCCAAUCAACUUCACCGUUUUCCUCACCAUGUUUGGAGAGAAGCUGAAGGGUGCUGACCCCGAAGACGUCAUUGUGUCUGCCUUCAAGGUGCUGGACCCAGAGGGCACUGGCACCAUCAAGAAGGAAUUCCUCGAGGAGCUUCUGACCACUCAGUGCGACAGGUUCACUGCAGAGGAGAUGAAGAAUCUGUUUGCCGCCUUCCCCCCAGAUGUGGCUGGCAAUGUUGACUACAAGAACAUCUGCUACGUCAUCACACACGGAGAGGAGAAGGAGGAGGAGUAAACGGCUGUGGAAACAAGACAGAAAAUGAAGAGAUGAACGUGUUUCUCUCUCUGCUUUACUCUCCCAGGCCUUUCUUUGUCCUCCUUCUCUUUGUGUUUCUUCCUCCCUUUCUAUCAUCUUUGUUACUUUCAAGCACUUACUCUCUCCAUCUCUCCAAAGACUUGUCUCGCUGAGACUGAAUUGGGAGGGUGGAGAGGCUCAUGACCACAGUGUCUGUCAAGUGGGGACAUGGGAUUGUUUUCAAUAAAAUGAACAUCAUUUCUAUAUCUCUCACAUACUCUCUCUUUCUCUCUGCUUCUCACUCAUUACCCAUGACCACCUCUCUUUCAUUACAAUCAAGCAUGCAUGAAAGUUGCAUUUUAUGCUGCUGUCUAGAGGGUUGAAAUGAAGGCAUCUAUAGCUUUGGGCUGAAAUACCUCUCUAGAUAGAUGUGGAAGAAGCAAGAUGGAGUGAUCUCGCUCUAUAAUAGAGGAACCAAUCAUCAUUCUCGUUUCUUCCCCUGAUGGUUGACUAAAAAAGAAAGAGAAAAUGAGGGUUUUGUACCGAGAGAGUUGGGCCUCCUAAAAGCGAUGCCAAGCUUAUCACGGAGGGAGUAAGAGAGACAGACCAUCCAAGGAAGAGAGGAGAGGGGGGACUGAAAGAAAACAUAUCCUCUUCACUCCCCCUCUCCCCUCCUCUUCACUAUUUCUCUGUCCAUGUUUUUUUUUUUUAUCUACCCUUUUGCUUUCUGCAUCUGGGCCUGCUUUGCUCUGUCAGAAACUCUUCUGUAACCAAUAAAAGACACAAACUGUGAAUAAAACAUCUUUUUGUACUGCUA